AUGGCUUUUCAAACCCCACCAGAGCCCAAGACUGAGCUAGGUCGAUAUCGCAUCCUGGCCAGCACUGCGGGCGUGAGAGUGUCACCACUCGCGUUGGGGGCUAUGUCCAUUGGCAAGUCAUGGGCUUCUUGGAUGGGCGCAAUGGACGAGGAGCAAUCUUUCAAACUUUUGGACGCAUACGUCGAUGCUGGUGGUAACUUUAUCGACACCGCCAAUAACUACCAAAAUGAGGAUUCCGAGUUGUUUCUGGGAAGGUGGAUGGAAGCCAGGAACAACCGAGAUCUCAUGUUUGUGGCGACCAAGUUUACAAACGACUUUCGUGGAUGGGAGAUUGGCAUGGGAAAGACCGUCAACUACGCUGGAAAUCACAAAAAAUCCCUGAGGUUAUCUGUUGAGGCCUCACUCCGAAAGCUACAGACGAACUACAUAGACUUACUCUACGUACACUGGUGGGACUGGUCAACGUCGAUUGAGGAACUGAUGGACUCACUCCACAUCCUUGUCGAACAAGGCAAAGUUCUUUACCUCGGCGUCUCCGACACCCCGGCCUGGGUGGUCUCGGCAGCCAACACGUACGCGAAAGCGCACGGCAAAACUCCCUUCUCCGUCUACCAAGGUCGCUGGAACCUCAUGCUUCGAGAUUUCGAGCGUGAAAUCAUCCCCAUGGCACGACACUUUGGCAUGGCGCUAUGCCCUUGGGAUGUCCUUGGUGGUGGUCAGCUUCAGACAAGGGCUCAACUGGCGGCUCGUCAAGAGUCUGAUCCAACAGGUCGUGGCAGCCAGCAAAACGAAGAGGCUCUCAGAGUUAGCGAGGCGCUGGAAAAGGUGGCUGCCGAGCACGGAAAAGCGAGCAUCCAGCAGAUUGCACUCGCGUACGCGAUGCACAAGGCGCCGCAUGUAUUCCCGCUCGUCGGUGGCCGAAAGGUCGAGCAUCUCCACGACAACAUUGAAGCACUGAGCAUCAGAUUGACAGAUGAUCAAGUCAAGUACAUUGAAAGUAUCAAAUCAUUCGAUCUUGGUUUCCCGCUGGGUAUGAUUGGCGAGGACCCCCGAGAAACUGGACGAUUACCCCCCAUGAUGGAGUCUUUGCUUGGCGGGAAGAUAGCUUGGAAGAAGGCAUAA